AUGGCUCGUCGUAGCUCCGGUGGUAGAUCUGCUCGUCCAGCUCCACGUGCUGCACCACGCCCUGCCCCCGGUAUGCUCAACCGUGCUCCUCCUCCAGCUAACACUCAGAGUGGUGGUGGUGGUGGUAUUCUUAGUGGUAUUGGUUCAACCAUAGCUCAAGGUAUGGCUUUUGGCACUGGAAGUGCUGUGGCACACAGGGCUGUGGAUGCUGUUAUGGGUCCUCGUACAGUUCAACAUGAAGCUGUAGUUAAUGAGGCUGCUGCAGCUGCCCCUGCACCAACUGCCAAUUCUUUUGGUGGUGAUGCAUGCAACAUUCAUUCAAAGGCUUUCCAGGAUUGCCUGAACAAUUACGGAAGUGAUAUUAGCAAGUGCCAGUUUUACCUUGAUAUGCUAUCAGAAUGCAGAAAGAACUCUGGAUCCUCAAUGAGCAUGUAA